GGAUGCAAUGCAAGAGUAUUGAAAAUUUGUCGCUAUUAUUGCGUCUUAGCAAUCAUCUCUUUUGCGAUUAUGAUAAGACUAUCCAUCCAAAUUAUCCCAAAACAACCAAUGUCAGUUUGCGCUUCAUGCCGAAGCUAAUAAAUCUCGAAACAGACCAAGCUAAGCUGUCACUGCACAGCUGGAUGGCACUUUCAUGGACGGACCCGCAACUUACUUGGACACCGAGCGAUUAUGACGGGAUUACUGUUGCUCAUGUAAAGAGCUCGCAGAUCUGGACGCCCAACCUGAGAAUAAGCAAUUCUGGCGAGAUGUCGAAAGAUCAAUUUGAACUACCUCAAACGAAUUGCUUGCUCUACAACUCGGGCACUGUCACUUGUGUGCCCGCGGUGAAAUCUAUUGCCAAAUGCAAUUUUGAUUAUACACAUUGGCCUUACGAUAAACAUCAAUGUCGCGUCACGUUUUUAUCAUGGGCGCACACGGGUCAAGAGGUCGAUUUGCUAAUGAUGAGUCGAUUUGGUGAUGAUGUGGAAAAUCAGAUUUCUAUGAAGGACUACACGAAUGACACGGUGUGGGAUUUUAAGUUUAUAAAUUCGACGAAGGAAGUCACAAAGGAAAAGUGCUGUUCGGACGAUACGUUUUCAACGAUUAACUUAGAUUUUUUGUUGACGCGAUAUCACAGCAAUUACUAUACAAUUGCUAUCGUACCGGCUAUUGCUUUGAUAUUACUCACUUUAAUAGUGCUCUGUCUCGAUUUAAAUUCGGUUGAACGAAUGGCGAUCGCGAGCGUAAAUUUUAUUUGUCAUUUGCUCUGCAUGUACGUCGUGCAUUGGAUUGUACCGUACAACGGCGUUAAUCCCCCCAAUAUACUGAUAUUUUAUUGUGAAUCUUUGGCGUUGGCCACCUUCGCGAUAAUCCUGACGGCCGUGUUACGCAAGCUGGAAGCUAUGAGCACGCAGAUACCAAAUUGGAUCUCUUUCACUACAACAAUUGUCUUGAGCAACAAGACGGGGCGUUUUUUGAUUCUCAAAGACGACGAGUCCAAAAUGGUAGACAAAGAUAUAGUGACUGAAGAAAUUAGCUCAGAUGUUUCAAAAUCUGAAAUGAACACGAAGAAAUCGUCCUGGAAAUAUUUUACUGCUAUUAUCGACUGGUUAUCUUUCUUUUGCGUGAUUCUUACUUAUGCCAUUAUUUUGAUUAUUCUAGUACCCGCGGGCUAAUCUGUGAUGAGAAACGUUAACGAUGGAAUAUCCUCCGUAAUGUUCGUUAUCUUGUACAAUAAAAUACUUCCAACAACAUUUAAACAUUA